CGGUGGUCAAAAUUUAUUUAUGGAAAGAUGAGACCGAAUUACCCUACCAACUUUGUCUCCCUUAAUUACCGUUUUUCCAACUUUCAACACAAAAAUAUUCGACCGAAGCAAAAAAAAAAAGAGCGUCUUCUUCUGCUAGUGUGCGCCUCCUCCUCCUCGUGCAUUGAGAGAAUAAAGCGGUGGGUUUUGUUUCUCGCGUUUAAACAUGGCGUCUAGGUUGUGGGCAACGAGGGCUGCUUCAUACCUUAGGAUCUCUGUUCCUUCCAGAGGUUUCGCCACCGUGCUGAAGGAUUUAAAGUACGCCGACUCUCACGAAUGGGUGAAAGUUGAAGGGAAUUCGGCUACUAUAGGCAUUACGGAUCACGCUCAGGACCAUUUGGGCGAUGUUGUGUAUGUCGAACUACCAGAAGCGGGGACUGAAGUUACACAAGGUGACAGUUUCGGUGCUGUUGAAAGUGUGAAAGCAACUAGCGACAUUAACUCUCCUAUUUCUGGGAAAGUUGUUGAAGUUAACUCCAAACUCAACGAAUCUCCUGGUCUAGUUAAUGCGAGCCCGUAUGAAAACGGAUGGAUUAUAAAGGUAGAGAUAGCAACUUCUGAUGAACUGAAUAACUUAAUGGACUCUGAGAAGUACUCCAAGUUUUGUGAAGAAGAAGAUGCUAAGCACUGAGACAAGGAUUGCAGUUUCAUUACAAUAAUUCGCUCAUGAGGGCUAUGUUGCAGUUCUCUUUUUCUUUCUUUUUCGAUUUUCUUGUCUUUAUGUGAUUGAUCUUAGGACGAUAAGCCACUGCAACCAUUGUCUCUUUCUUAUCGAAAAAUAUUCGAUUUUUUUUUUUCGUUUUAUUAUGACAAUAAAUGUUUUUUUUUGGCAGUUAAUUAUUGAAUACAUGUUUAC